AUGUCUGCAUCCGCUGUGGACGACGCCUCCAAGGCCGUUGCCACCCCCGCCGAGGACAUCACCGCCUCGUUUCUCGGCUCCAUCACGAACAAGCCCGUCAACAUCAAGCUCCACAACGAUUUCGUCUACACGGGCGUCCUCUCCUCCAUCGAUGGAUACAUGAACGUUGUGCUGCAGAACGCCAGCGAGAUCGUCAACGGAAAGACGAUGAAGACCUACGACGAGGUCUUCUUGCGUGGCAACAACGUCAUCUACAUCGGCAUGGCCUGA